CACUUCGUUAAGAAUAGGGCCCCUGGUGGUGAGUGGCUUCACUAGAAUUCACUCCGCUACAAGUAAGCUCCUAAAAAUGGAGAAUUAAAAGCAGACAAACCUACAUACUAGGCACUGAUUAAUUAGUUUCUAUGAUAUGCGAAGAAAUAUAUAUAUAUAUAUAUUUAUUUUUUUUUUCCUGCUGAAACUAAUCCAACCUAACCUUUCACUUCGGUAAACUUCGGAAUUUUCCGGUUGUGGCUUUUAUUCCUGUGAACUGAAGCGUAUGCCAUUUAUUUUGUUUGGCUUAAAACUAAUGUUAUUAUUUUAAAAAGUAAAUGACAUUAUAAACAUGACAACUUCAGAAUGGGACGAGGUGAAACGUCUAGCAGCAGAUUUUCAGAGGGCACAGUUAAGUACAACUGUUCAAAGGCUGUCCGAGCGCAACUGCGUGGAAAUCAUCACCAAGCUCAUAGAGCUGCAGUUGUUGGACGUCAUCUUCACCAACGAUGGCAAGGAAUACCUCACCCCUCAGCAGCUCGUCAAGGAGAUUCGAGAUGAGCUCUACGUGCACGGAGGCCGCAUCAACCUGGUGGAGCUGUCCAAGGCGCUCAACGUGGACCUGAGCCAGGUGACGGCGCGGGCGGCCGAGAUCGAGAGGUCGGACGCCGGCGUGUCGCUGGUGCUCGGCCAGCUGGUCGAUCGCUCGUACCUGGGCCGCCUCGCGCGGGAGGUGGACGAGCGGCUGGCGCAGCACGGCCAGGUCACCGUGGGCGACCUCGCCCGCCAGUACGACCUGCCCGGGGACUUCCUGCAGUCGGUGGUCGAGAAGCAGCUGGGCAAGACCAUCCGCGGCAGGCAGGACCGGAGCGACCCGCGCGUGUUCUUCACGGAGUCCUUCGUGGCGCGCAACACGGCGUGCGUGCGCGGCUCGCUGGCGGCCUGCACGCGGCCCACGCCGAUCGCCUCUCUGCUGGGCCACCUGGACGUCCCGGAGAGGAUGUUCUUCGGUAUAGUGGACAGCCUGAUGCAGAAGAAGCAGAUUGCAGGCACUGUGACAGGACGGCAGAUUGGCAGCAGCAUAUACGUCCCCACAGCCUAUUCCAAGUCGCAGAGCGACUGGGUUAACAGCUUCUACCGGCAGAACGGCUACUUGGAGUACGACGCCCUGGCGAGGCUGGGGAUCUCGGAGCCCAGGUCGUUCGUGAGCAGGCACUUCCCCGCGGAGAAGCUCCUGCUGCUCAGCUCGUGCGCGGUCGGCCGGCAGCUGUUCGAGCAGGUGGAGGCGUCCGUGGACGAGGCGGUGGCCACCGGCUCCUGGAUCGACGUGAUGCCCAUCCUGCCGUCGGUGUUUGGGCCGGAGGACGCGGAGGAGAUCCUGGCGAGCGUGCUGAAGGGCCGGCCGGCCUCCGGCGCCCCCGUCCACGUGUUCUGCAGCACCGUCGUGGUCACGGAGGCCUUCCUCGGCGGGCUGGUCAAGUCGCUGGAGCCCCUGGUGCAGGCCAAGGCCCAGGAGGCGGUGUCGUCUGGGGCGUACCUGCAAUCGCAGGCGGAGAGCCGCCUGCAAGGGCGCGGCGCGGCGGAGGCGGAGGAGUCGGGCGGGCGUCCGGACCGGCGCGAGGAGCGGCGCAAGAAGGCCACUGGCGGCAAGGGCGGCGGCGGGACGCAGGGUCGUGAGACCAAAACAAAGUCCACAAAGAAGAAGUACCAACGAGGAAAAGCUGCAGCAGACGACUCCGACGAUGAUGAAAUUGUGUCGAAAACUAAAGGUCCGAAGUCGUCUGCGAGUAAACUGGAAUUCGUUGCUGUUGGGGAUAUGGAGGAAAUUCUGUCGCAGGAAGAGUCCUUCAAGAACGAAGAUAUGGAUGAACUGAUACAAGAGAUAGCAGUCUUCCUACACCCGAAGGUGAACCGGAGCGCGGGGACGGCCGCGCAGGCGCUGUUCGAGAGCGCCAUGAGCCAGCAGGCGCACAGCCGGCGCAAGACGCACGGGGAGCUGCAGGACAAGCUGAACGCGCUGGUGACCAACGUGCGCCUGUUCGAGAGGGGCCUGCGCCAGUUCGACGCCAAGGACACGCAGCAGCAGCUGGCGCGGUACCUGCUCAAGACGGUGGGCGCCGAGGUGGCAGGGGAGAUCUUCGCGUACGUCGCCGCCGAGCACAUGGUCCAGUUCGACCACGACAAGGAGGUCACUGCCGAGGUGAGAGUGAAGAUAAUGAACGAGGUUCCGAACAACGUGUCGGACCCGUUGAUGAAGCUGCACAAGUCCCUGAGCGGCAGCUCCGUCGACGAGUUUGUGACCUGCGUGGAGGCCGCCCUCGGGCCGGGCGUGUGCGACAUGGUGCUCCGCAAGCUGGACAAGAAGAAGGAAAGGCCGCUGCUCCACGCCCACAAGCAGGCCCUCCUGGAGCAGCUCUCCGCGGCCCGGGACCCUGCCCUGGUGCUGCACCUCGCCGCCCUCGUCCUCUUCCAGACGCUCACCCAGACCAUGCUGCACGCCUCGGGCCGCUUCGUGUCCCCCAUCUUGGCCCUGCUGCAGUCCCACCUGCCCGCGGACGUCUUCGCCACCCUCCGAGACUACCACGACAUGGUGAUGAAGCUGCUGUCCGCGGGCGCGGGAGACGAGGGGCACGCCGACAUCCAGGCCGGCCUCGAGGCGCGCAUGGGCAACGUCAAAGAGCUCGCCACCGUCUUCAAGAGGAACUCCGUCUCCGAGAAGUCCUAGCGCUCCCCUUGCUCGCACGCCAGCCUGUCCCUGCCCCCUGCGUUCCCUUCCCUCGCCUGCUGCUUCGUGGCCACGCCUCACCGCGCACGCAACGCUGACGUCUAGGCCCGCCACGCUAAAGGCUGGAAUCACAAUGCCCCGACGG